AUGGAAUACUAUUCAUCCCUAGAUGCGUCUCAGCUAGAUUCAGAAAGACCAACCUUAUUCGAACUCAUCUCAGCCAACCAGUUGGAAUCCUUAUUGUCACCCUCGUUGAGAUACAUUUUGGUCCAUUAUGCUAGUAGGUAUCCUCGAUACUUGUUAAAAGUCAACAACUACUUUGAUGAGAUCAACUUGGCAUUGAGGAGCUUUAUAGAAUGGUACUUUCUUACGUAUUGGCAAGGCUCCUUCACGGAAAACUUUUACGGCCUCAAACGAGUGAAUCAAACACCAUUAUCUCAAGGCGAGUUCAACAGUUCAAAGUUGACUCAACUAGUGCCCUCUAUGAUUGAGGAUAGGAGAAGGAUCACAUCCUUGCAAAAAAUUGUAUCCAUUUUUGAAGUCACUGGGACUGCUUUCUUGUCCGAAAAGCUAAACUAUUGUUAUGAGGUAUGGUAUACGAAAUACAUCACCAAUCAAUUGAAUACCCAUGAAACACUCACAAAGAGGGAGAAUACGAAGAUCCAAAUCAAGAGAAAAUUUGUUGAGAUCUAUCCGUAUGUUCAGAGUGCUUACAGGUUGGCCAACUUUAUUACAACCUUGAUGUACUUGAGCGGAUCGUCCAAGUCCCCGACAAUCUUAACCUAUCUAUUCAAAAUGAAUUACUCCCGAUUAAAUCAAUACGAUUACGACAAAAACGAGCCACAGCAGAAGUUACCAGGCACAAAGAAACACAACAAGAUUGCGCCACCCACAACUGUCGAGUUGCUUUUACACUUUAUCCUGAACAACAUAACCAACCCGUCCUGGAAAAUGGUGAAGCUCGUGUUGGGAACAUUUUUUCCCGUUGCUAUAUUCACUUUAAAAUUUCUUGAGUGGUGGAACAAUUCCAACUUUUCAGCAAAGCUUCUCAAAAACCUGGGCAACUCGCUCGAUUUCACAUUGCCGCCUCCAUCUAGAUUGUCUGCGGCAUUGCGUGCAUUCGCCACGCGGGAUAAAUCGAUAAAGAAGAGAAAGCCGUAUAAAUCGGGCAAGUUCUGUCCUUUGUGUAAGAAAGAAAUGACCAAUCCAGCGGUCAUCGAAACGGGGUAUGUUUUUGAUUACUCCUGCAUCUACAAUUAUUUGGAGAAAUCGCAUAUUAUCGUGUCGAAAAAGGUUGAAUCUGAAUCUAAGGAAGACGAUGGCAACGAAGAAGAGGAGGUGCACUCGGAUUAUCUGGAAGACGUUGAGGGGGAGCAGGUGCAUGAGAAAAAGGUCUAUGAUAUAAAUAAGGGUGGAAGGUGUCCCAUUACUGGACAGAAAUUGCUUGGUUGUAAAUGGAAUCCAUUGAAGGAGGAGUGGCAGAUCGAAGGUAUCAGACGUCUCAUACUUUAG